AGAAUAUAUUAAAUAUACAUACUCAUUGUAGAUGAGUCCUCCAGUGGUUAGUACACUAGAAUAUAUAGGAGAUAAAGAACCAUUGAUCAAGCCUGAUGAUAAAAAUGAUGGUUGUAUGAAUCUUAUACAAGGCAGAAGCCAAAACAAUAUAUGUAUGUCUUCCUUUUAUUCGGCUACAUGCUAAAGAUACUGAAUUACGCUGAAGAGUCUUUUGAUCUAUUCAAUCGCAAAUUUAGAAGUUUCUAUUAAGUCGGUACAUUCCUUAAGUAGAGCAGCAUUAUCUGGAAAACUAGAUACAGGCGAAGCUGGAACAACAAACUUUGAGACUGUUGUGCAUAUAUUCAAAGGAAAUGUUGGUACAGGAAUUUUAAGUUUGCCUGCAGCAGUCAAGCAUGCAGGUAUUAUUGUGGGUCCAGCUGGACUGAUUUUAUUUGCAAUUAUAGCUGUCCAUUGCAUGCAUUUAUUAGUGCGUUGUUCACGUCAUUUCUGCAAAAAGCUUAAUAUUCCAGCUCUUUCAUAUGGUGAAGUUGCAGAGGAAUGUUGUCGACCUUAUUUAGGAAAUCACAGCAAAUUUGCUAGGUUUGUUGUGAACAUAUUUUUGAUUAUCACACAGUUUGGUUUUUGUGCAAUAUACUUUGUGUUUAUUGCAAAUACAAUUGUGGAAGUAUCUGGUUUGGAAAAAACAGUUAAUAUGCGAUUAAUUAUUUUAGCAUUGGCACCCCUUGCAAUAUUGUUUUCAUUUGUAAGAAGUUUAGAGAAAUUGUCAUAUUUGUCUGUUGUUGCUAACAUAUGUUGUAUUGGAGGAUUAAUUGCAAUUCUACAAUAUUUGGGAAGAAAUUUCCAAGAUCCGCGAAAGUAUCAUGCAUUCAAUGGAUGGAGUGGUCUUCCACGAUUUGCUAGUAUGGCAAUCUUUGCUUUUGAAGGAAUUGGAGUUAUUCUUCCUCUAGAAAAUGAAUCUAAAAAUCCAGAGGACUUUUCUUGGGUCCUCAAUAUUGGCAUGGGAAUAGUUACUACAUUAUAUCUUGUUGUUGGUGUAUUUGGAUAUAUUGCAAUUGGUGAUGGUAUUACCGGAAGUGUGACUUUGAACCUGCCAGAUAAUGCGUUGUAUAAUGUUGUAAAGUAUGCAUAUGCCAUAGCUAUGUUUUUUACACUUUUUAUACAAUUUUACGUUCCAAUGCAAAUAAUGCUACCAUAUCUACUUGCAAGAUUUAAAGUUCGAAGAGUAAAGAGGCUGGAAUAUAUUUUAAGAGCAGCUUUUAUGAUGUUUACUUGUUUAUGUGCUAUCGCUAUACCUCAAUUAGAAAAUUUUAUAUCACUGAUUGGUUCUGUUUCGAGCUCCGGGUUAGCAAUCAUAUUUCCACCACUCAUUCAUUCCAUAACUUUUCGAAACGAAGGUCUUUCUAAAAUUUGGAUUGUUAAAGAUAUGCUUAUAAUAUUGGUCGGAAUAGCUGCAUUCGCACUAGGCGGAUAUUUUUCUGUGGAAGACAUUAUUUCAGGUUUUAAGCUCUAGUUUUAAAAUGAAAAGUAUUUUUUUUAAAGUUAAUGUCCAUUUUGAUAGGAUACGUCUAUUCACGUAUCCUAAGUUAUACAUACUCAAGUUUUUCUACGCGUUUACAGUUAUAUGUACCCAAAUUUAAAUAAAAUACAGCCGAAUAUUUACCAAAAUUACAAUUAGAGCUACUAGUGUAGAAAUUGUAUCAGCAACAAAUUUAAGUUGAUUUUUUUAA